AUUGGGGGCUCGAGUGCAACGUGAAAAGCUGUGUGAAACAGUUCGUGGAGUUUGUGGAGCUGUUCGCUAGCAUUGUACUCUGUGUUCCGUCGAUUGCUAUAAAUUUAUAAAUUGUUUCAAAAUUGGUAGCUGAACUACUGCCACUGCUAAGCUAUAGCAGAGUGGAAAUUAAGCCCAAAUCCGAGACCAACCAGUUGACAAAAUAAACUAACAACAGACAACUUGCUAGCCGAACUUAAUAAAAACGCAUAUUAACAUAUAUAAACCGCAUUAUUCAAGCCGCCGUCCGCAUAAAAAUUAUAAAACAAAAAAUAAUAUAAUAAGCGAAAACAAAAUAUAUAAACUUAAUAGUAAUUAAAAUAAACUCAUAAUACGUAAUAGACCGUAAUAAGUAAAACAAAAAACAGAAAACAAAAAAAACACACAUGGCGUUCAUUUCGAAAGAUUUUCGUUCACCUGGCGAAGCCUGGGUCAAGACAGACGAGGGCUGGGAACGCAAGAAGGUGCUCGAGUGUGGCGGCAAACGCAAGAGGCACAGCUCGGAGGGUAGCUGCCCGGAGGCGGCGAGCAGCAGCAAGAGGGAGGAACAGGAAGCGGGCUGCAUGCCGCCGCAUUAUCACAUCACGAUACGCUGCACCCGUGAGAUUGCUGGCUUUAAUGGUUUAAGCGAGGCCGUGAAGCGUCUCGAUUUCCGUCGCUCGGUGCGGGAUCGCAAGCGCUUCCACUAUAUCUGUGCGUUCCUGCUGCUUGUCUCCAACAAGGGCAUUGCCAGCCUGCCGGGCAGCGCACAGCGCCAGCUGCUCCAAAUGGUCGAGGAGGUGGCCUCACAUGUCAAUGACAGCCAGCAGCAUCCGAAUGUGCUGCGUGGAUUGGCGCUGAAGCUGGAGCACAUCGUCAACCAGGAGAACCAGAAGUGCUGGGGCAAGCCACUGGGCAGCACCUAUCUGUGGCAGGAGCACAUGGCCAGGAUUAAGCGCAUUCAGCGCGUGGCCAGUCAAAUCGAGAUUCGUGAGCCCGAUCCACAGGCACGACCCAAGCUGCACGAGCUGCCGGAAGAGUGCGUGCGAGAGAUUAUCUUGUGCAUUGCCGAUCAUCGAGACUUGGAGUCGGCCGCCGAGGCCUGGGAGACCAUGGCCAAGCUGGUGUCGGAGCAGCGCAUCUGGCGUGAGCUGACACGCUUCCAUUUCAAUCAGCGACAGAUCAGCACCAUACUGGACCUGGACAAGAUCAAGCAGAUGGGCGAGACCAAAGACUGGAAACAGAUCUAUCAUCAGCUGCGACGCACCUAUGGUGUGAACGAUGACUACCAGUUCGCCGAGGUGCUGGCACUCUGCCGUUCCUGCUGCUGUCUCUUCUGGCCCUCCGAUGGUCAUCCGUGCAUCAUUGACCAGAGUCCCGACUACAAGCAGCGCGUCGAGGAGGCGGGCGGGCAACUGGCUCUCGCUUUGCCUGUGCCACCGGCACAGUUCUUGAAGUACUUUUCGUUGUAAGCUCGUGUGGCAAAGACAAACAUUGACCAAGCCACAGGAGUAGCGACAGUAGAGAGCUAGAAAGAGAGACAGCGAGAGAGAGGAGAGAGUAAAGAUAUAUAUUCAUAUUUUUAAAGCCAGAGAGAGAUACAGGGUGCUCCAGCCAAUGCUUAAGCUGGUGAAAGCCUGCCAAGUAUGAGAGACCAUUUUAUGUGUGUGUGUUAAAGUUUUUUAAAGAGUGAGAAAGACAGAGAGAGAGAGAGAGAGAGA